AUGGAGCUUAAUUUAACAACAAUGUCGUCUAAUUCUUCUAUUUUUUUAACUACUGAAUUAAAUACAAAUUCUGCAGCAACUACAACAACAACAGCAGCAAUUGUUUAUGGUGAUCAAUUAUUUUUACAUACAGUUGCUUGUCAAGCAAUUGCUGGAGCUUUUACUUGGGCAGCAAUUUUUAUUACAAGUUAUCAUAUUUAUCUUCAUUUACGUCAUUAUAAUGUACCAUCCGAACAAAAAUGGAUUGUUCGACUACUAUUUUAUGUACCUAUCUAUUCUUUUGUUUCAUGGCUUAGUUUGAUCCUCUUUACUAAAGAUUCAUAUUACGUCUAUUUUCAUGCUGUUCGAGACUGCUAUGAAGCUUUUGUCAUCUAUAGUUUCUUAUCACUUUGUUAUGAAUAUUUGGGUGGUGAAGGAGCUAUCAUGGCAGAAAUUCGUGGAAAAUAUAUCCAUCGAAGUUGGUGGACUUGUACAUGUUGUUUAUCAAAUCAAGAAUAUACAAUAAGUUUUUUAAGAUUUUGUAAACAAGCAACAUUACAAUUCUGUUUAGUGAAACCAUUAAUGUCUUUAGUUACACUUGUAUUACAAUCAUUUGAUAAAUAUAAAGAUGGAGAUUUUUCUGUUACUGGUGGUUAUUUAUAUUUAACAAUCAUCUAUAAUAUAUCUGUAUCAGUCGCAUUAUAUGGUUUAUUUUUAUUUUAUGCAGCAACUAAAGAUAUUUUAGCUAAAUAUGACCCAGUUUUGAAAUUUUUAACAGUUAAAUCAGUUAUUUUUCUAACAUUUUGGCAAGGUGUUCUUUUGGCUAUUUUUGAACAAUUAGGAAUUAUUCAAGCAUUUCAAGGCAAAACAAAUUUAAGUGUUGGUACAGUUGCUGCUGGAUGGCAAAGUUUUUUUAUUUGUAUUGAAAUGUGUUUAGCUUCUAUUGCUUUACGUUUUGCUUUUCCACAUGAGCCUUAUAUUUUACGUGAAAAUUAUCUUCCAUCAACAACCAUACAUGUUGGUCAAGGAGGUCAAGGUGGACGAAUAGUAACAAUGCAAAGUAUUUCAAAUAAUCUAAAAGAAACAAUGAAUCCAAAAGAUAUUAUGCAUGAUGCAAUUCAUAAUUUUCAUCCACAAUAUAGAGAUUAUACACAAUACAAUGCACAUGCUACUCAUCUGGACACGGAAUUACCUUCUGUAAUUUUUCAGCUUCCUCGGACAACUGAUGACCGCCCAUCCGUGACUUCACCGUCUAAUGUCAAUCAAUAUACAACACAAAAUAAUGAACCUGCAACAUUACCAAUUGAAAUUCCAAUGCAUAGUCAAAAUAAUAUUCUUCAGAAUUUACCAAAUAAAUUAUUACCCAAAUCAUUGACAAAAAAAGAUGCAGAAAAAGAUAUGUUAUUAAUUAAUGACGAUAUCUAA